AGUCCCCACCAUAUCCAACCUCGACAAUCGACAACUUUCUAAACCACGAACACACAAUGAGCAGAAACAAAGACACAGUUCACGCCGAUGCGCGUCGCUUCCUCGAUGAGCGUGGAUCUAACGUAUCGGUCGCGCCAAACGGCCUCAACCCUGCGACUAUUAUGGAAAAAGCCGUUAAGGAUCGCAUCGUCGACUCAUACUUCUACAAAGAGCAAUGCUUUGCGCUCAACGAAGCGGAUAUUGUAGAUCGCGUCGUCGAGCAUGUCAAUUUCAUUGGUGGAACGUACGGUGUCACACAAAAGCCCAGUCCAUUCCUGUGUCUUGCCUUCAAGCUACUUGAGCUGUCGCCCAGCGAUGCAGUGCUUAUGGAAUACCUAAAAUAUGGCGGUGAGGCUUUUAAAUACCUGCGCGCGCUUGCGUGCUUCUACUUCCGACUCACAAGACAAGCGAAGGACGUGUACCAGAUGCUGGAGCCGUUCCUCGAGGAUAGGCGCAAACUUCGACGAAGAGGAAGGGCGGGCGUGGUGUUGACAUUCAUGGACGAAUUUGUGGAUGAGCUUUUGACAAAGGAGCGAGUGUGCGGUACAAGUCUUUGGAAGAUGCCAAAGCGAGAAGUUUUGGAAGAUUUGGAAAUUCUCGAGCCAAGGGUCAGUCCCCUGGGCGACCUUGAGGAUCUUCUUGAGGAAGAGGACGAAGCAGAGAAAGAAAAUGGAACAAGAGAAGAAUCUGGAGAGAUCUCUGAUAGAGAUGAUAUGGAAGUUGAUCGCGAUGAGAUGAGAAGUCACAGUCGAAGCCGCAGUCGAAGUCGAAAUCGAAGUCAAAGUGAUAGCCGAAGUCGAUCACCUUGAUCAGAUGGACUGUCUCCGCACAGUAACCGAAAGAGCUGACUCGAAAAACACCAUAAUCCAUCACCGAAAGCCAGGCCUAGUGGUUCUACUCUCCCGCCACUUUAAGAGAUUAUGUAUAGUGCCGCUGCAGCGAGCGAAUGACAAAGCUUCUGCCUGGUUCAUCAAUACGCCACGCGUAGCUCGAUACGUGGACAUUGCUUCAUUUAUGACAGCAUCUACAGGUGUUGAAUGUCUGCAGCAACGACACAGGACGAAAGAGAUCGUAUCAUAUUAAACUGACAGGGUGACAUUCGAAAGUCGAGAAUGGCAGAGCUAGGGCUCUUGCAUGCUUAUGGACUCGUCACCUACUUGUUGUAUAGGGCGCUUGGAUCACUCAGACUGGACCACGGCAAACGUACAGCUAGCCUGAUACGCAUCCAUGAUCCCCAUUCAAUGCAAAACAGAAAGUUUGAUGGAGGAGCAAGCAGACCAUUUAGUUAUACCCAAGAUACUGCUGUCGUCAAAUUGUUCUAUUGUACAAUAAUAUCAUAAAAAUCAUCGCUUGUAAUAUACAUCUAUAAUCAUGCCA